AUGGCAAGACUGAAAUCAUAUGACUGACAGUCAGUCAUCACAUAAUUCCGAACAAAAUGGCUGUGACCAUGGCUCUGUUUUGGGUUUCUCUGGUAUUAUCAGUAAUUGGUGCUAAUGCUGCUGGAGAGUUUACCAUUCUCCACAGUCCACCUUCCCUAAAAUUUACUGGAACCAGCAAAACACUUGAGAGUCUUUUGAAAGAAAUCUUCUCUGCAUCACUUGGACUUUCCGUUGAAGAGAACUCUGAAUGGAAAGGACUGUAUGUAGCAGACCCAUUUAAAACUCCAGAAGCUGUGGUCGAGGUUUACAUUGAUGGUGUUUCCAGCCUUGGUGAUUCUGUGACAUCAAAGGCUAAAACUUACUCAGUGGAUGUAGAUGAGUAUGAACCAGACACAUUUGACUGUGUGAAAUUCAGGAUUCAGCAGCGCUCCACAAGCGGUUCCAACAAGAUUCUGAAAGUCAAGCUUUCAGAUCCUACUGAGCUUACUAGUCCAGCAUUCAGGGAAGAAUUUGGAGAAGUCCAAGUACCCAAAGUAUCUAAGCAGAACCUUCUUCACCUGAAGUAUUCAUUGGAGGAAGACUACCAAUUCUUGAGUGAACUUGCUACUUUGAAAGCUAUUACUGAUAGGGUAGCAAGCGGUGCUAUCUCUGCUGACAACAUUAUUGAUUUCUUCAACUUCCGCUUCACCACUCUUCACGCAUUAUCAGACUACCAUGGACCUAACUCCCUACAAACUAAGGAAGCGAAAAAGCUUCUUGGCCAUGCUCUCCAAGACCUGAGCAAGGCAUUUGUCAAGGCUUAUGAUGGCUCUGUAUUGGUAACUGCCGUCACUACUGAUGUAGCUCACACACGUCGUGCCAUCCGAUCCACUGAAGACGAAACUAAGAAGGGUGAAGAUGAUGACAGCUACUCUGCUGACUACCCCGCCAUCUUCAACAUCAUCCUUUGGUUCGGAGUUGUGUUUGCAUUCUCGCUCAUCGCCAUUGUCUACGCCAUCAUGGACAUGGACCCUGGCAGGGACUCCAUCAUCUACAGAAUGACUAGCACUAGGAUGAAGAAGGAAAACUAAAUCCUUAUUUUUGCUUAGAACUUCAAACUUUGUUUGAAAAAGUUCUAACAGUAUUGUAUGUAUAAGUCCAGCAAAUGGGACUCAGAGAAACCACGUUAUUGUUCCAUUAUAUAAAUUAAUAAUCAUCAGAGUUUAAUUGUAUAUUAUUGUGUCAUUCUGUGUAAUGUGAUGAGUAAAGUGUAAAAUAGUGUUAUUUUAGUCAUAAAGUAAAUUGUUGAAAUCAA